AUGAGCGGUCAACAAGAGCAAGGUGCGCACUCACCUGGACUGGAGGCUGUGAUUCAGAAGCUGGAGGAGUCCUUGCUGCACUCUGAGGGCAGCUCAGGAGAGAGGUCUCUGACACUCCGAGGUGAUGGACAGGAGUCCAGUGUCACGCCUAUGCCUGUCUUCACCCGCAUCCGCCAGAUCAUCACCGGCAACCUGGCCGAGCAGGACACCGGUAAGGAGGACUACUGUAAUCCAAACAGCAGGGCCUCGAGGGAGCAGCUGUCUCCGAGCCAGACGGACCGUGACGAGCGACCAGUCAAACAGGCCGGUCUCACAGACAGGUUGGAGCGUAUACUGAUGCUGCAGUCAGGAGUGGACUCAGACCAGGACAGUGUAUCAGCAGGAUCCCUGCAGUUUUAUAGCAAAGAGAGAGCUUACAGACAAAGACUGCAGGUCUACCAGGAGGCCCAGCAGAGACAGGCACAACUUGUUCAGAAGCUGCAGACUAAGGUUCUUCAAUAUAAGAGGAGGUGUGGAGAACUAGAAGAGCAGGUGCUGGUAAAGACCUCAGAGUCUGAGAAGAUGAGAUUAUUGCUGCAGGCCCACCUGGACUCAACCCAGCGUCUGCAGCAGGCAGAGCAAGAUCUCAACAUGGCUGUCCAGAACAAGUCUAUUCAGCUGGAGGAGGAGCAGAGGAGGUGUGCCAGCCUCAGCCAAGUCAAUUCUAUGCUACGGGAACAACUGGAGCAGGCAGGCACAGUCAACCAAGGGCUAACAGAGAGCUUGUGGAAGGCCCGCGAAGACAUCGAGUUGUGUGAUACCCGUCUGCGCAGAGAGCAAGAGACGUGCUCCUCCCGCUUGAGUCGUGAACAGGCUCGUGUCAGAGCCCUGUGGCGCCAGGCCGCCUCCCUGCGGAGCACUUUCAGCCAGCUAAGGACUUUCACUGACAGGACUCUGUCUGAUAUGCGCGGGGAGUGUGUUGCUGCCAGCCAGCAGCUGCAUGUUGCCUGUAUGAACAUGGAGGCCAGAGUAACACAGGAGAGCACCUCUAGUGGUGUGGAGAUGUCAGCUCUGGAGAGACAGCUGAAGGAGAAGCUCAAAGAGGCCAUGCAGCUUCAGGGUCGCUGGGAUGCAGAGAAAGUUGAACUUAAUUCAAGAGUCCUGGAGCUGACUGACACAGUGAAGCACCUCCGGAGCCAGAACAGUGCAAAGGACGCCAGCCUUAACACCAUGCAGCUCAGUCUGGACAGGAUGGAGACAAGGAGAACAGAGGAUAAAGCAGAGAUGGAGGUCCUCCAUGCAGAGAUCCAAGCCCUCCAGAAAACAUUAAGCCAUGUUCACCAGCUGGUUGGCAGUGAGGGUGAUAACAGUGGCUCUGAAAGUGUGUCCUCCUCACCUCUCCACGGCCGAUCUCCUCUGAGGAGCACUGUGCUGAUGGCAGUGCAGGAUGUUUUCUCCAAGCACCAGAAGCAAGCACAGGACCUACGUGGGUGUCUGGAUGCCGCCAUGGAGCAAGCAGACACGCUGCGUAAUCACCUGCAAGGGGGGGACGCUGAGAGGAGAGAGCUGGAGCAGAAGAUCCAGGAAGUGAGGAGAGAAAAUCAGGAGGCUAAAAAAGCUCUGGAGGAAAGCCUCCGAGACAGCAACAGAUAUCGCUGCUCACUGGAGCUCAUCUCCAGUAAGAAUUGUAGCCUGGAGAAGCUGCUGUCAGGGCUGCAGCAGGAGGUGGACUCCCAACGUGCCGAGCUGGAGUCACUGCGGACCUCGUCGCUGGAGCUUCAGAGACAGCGGGACCUCCUGAGGCAGCAGAGGGAGGAUCUGGAGACGCAGUUGGCACGCCAGCGCACGGAGGUCCAAAGAGGUGAGAGGAGUCUGGAGGAGCUUGAAGGGAAGCACUCUGACUUGCGCAGGGAGCUUGUGACAGUGAAGGAGGCUCUGAGUCAAAUCACCCUGCAAAAAGAGCUUUUAGAGGAUGAUAAGGCCAGCCUUGCUCUAGCUCUCAGCAAGAUGGAGUCCAAGAGUGCUGCGCAGGAGCUAGUCCUCACCAAAUUGCAGAAUCAGGAGGCUGACCUAAGAGAUUCUCUGGCCAAAAUGGCUGCCCUGAGCGAAGGCUUAGCCAAAGACAAGGUGGAGCUCAAUCGUAUUCUGCUGCAGACAGAAGGUGAGAAGGCAGAGCACGGUGAACGCAGACGAGAAGCCGAAGCGGAGCGGGUGGCAGCCAGGGAGGAGACAGCCCGGGUGCAACAGGAGAUGAUGGAUCUGCUCGCUGAGAAACAAGCCCUGGAGAGCUCCCACAGCCACUCGCAGGAUCUGUGCCAGAAGCUAGAAGCAGAGCUGAGCCUGCUGCAGUGGGAGAACACUCAAGCCCUGGAGCAGCACUCUCAGGUCAACAGGCAUAUGCAGACUGUGUCAGAGGAGCUGUGUGCGUGCAGGAAGGAGCUGGAGACACAGACCACAGCCCUAAAGAGAGCUACCCAUGACAGGGAGGAGCUGGCCAAGGACAAGGCUGCUCUGGAUGUCAAGCUCAACUCCGCUGAGCGAAAGGCCUGUGGUCUCACACAGGAACUGGUUGCACUUAGAGCUGAGAAGCAGUCCCUGGAUACAGCUCUGUUUGAGAGCCAUGAGCUUGCCUCGUCCCUGGAGGCCGAGUGCACCCGGAUUGAGGGGGAGAGGCGCAGCUUGCUCCUGGCUAACGAGGCCUUGACGCGUGAUGCUGUGAGGAUGCGGGUGGAUGCUGAGCGCCAGUUUGCACAGGCCGCACAAGAGCAGAGACAUUUGGAGGAGAAGCUGGCUCAGGUGGAGAGGAAUUCCCUGCUGACCCUAAACAACAGAGAACAAGUUCACAGAGGGCAGCUAGAGGCGGAACACAAGCAAAAAGAGCAGCAGUGUGCAGAGCUGACGGUUCAGCGGGAGCAGAUUGAGGAGCAGCUGCGGAGACAGUGUGAGGAGCUGCGCGUGCACAGCCAGAAAGAGCUGCAGCAGGUGCAGGAGGAGCUGGCCAGGCUGCAGCAGGACUCCAAGCAGAGCCUCCUGCAGGCCGAGAGCGAGAAGCAGCAGGCUUUGUCCCAGAAGGAGGCAGAGAAGGCUGCCCUCGCAGAGAAGAUAGCAGGCCUGCAGCAGAACUUGGCCACAGCUGGCAUGGAGCUAGAGCGCACCCGGAGGGAGGCGCUUAGCAAACAGGAGCAGGACAAGAACACAAUGGCUGUCCUCCAGGCUGAGCUGCAAGACUUGCGAACUCAGUUUGAAGAGUCUUUGGACCGUCAUGAGAACGCUGAGAAGAGUCUAACUGAGCAGGUCAGAGAGUUGAACCAACAGAUAGAACGUGAAGAGCAAGAGUUAGAGGGCCUUCGUCGGCAGCUGCAAGAGGCAGAGGAUGGACUUAUUAAAGGUCGAAGGGAUCUGAUUGAGGCUCACAGGGAGCUCCAAGAAUGUGCACAGGAGCGGGACAAGCAACGAAAAGAAGUCCUGGACCUGAGGAGGGUCUUGGGUGAUGAGACCAGGGAGAAAGAGGCCAUCCAAGCUUCUAACCAGGAACUAAGAUCUUUCAUCAAGAGAACAGAGAGUGACAACACCAGCUUGAGACGCGCUGUGGAGGAGAAGGAGCAGAAAUUGUCCGUCAUAGAGGAAUGUAGGAGCUCCACGCAUCAAGAGGCAACCAGUCUGAGAAGCAGCAUGAGAGAGCUGGAGAAGUCUCGCCUGCAGGCACGCAGAGAGCUGCAGGAGCUGCGCAGACAGGUAAAGGUCCUCGAAGGCGAGAACGGCCGGCAGAAACAGGAGUUGCGAGAGCUGCAGGCGCGGGUAUGUCAGGAGGAGCAGAAGGAGGAGGAGGCACUUCGCGAGGCUUUCAGUCUGAAGCAGAGAGUGCUGGAGUGCGAGGCUGGCAGAGAAGCAGCACUGAAUGAGGUUGCAGGUCUGCAGCGCCGUGUGCUGGAGCUGGAGACGGUGGAGCAUCAGAAACAAGAGAUGCUGCAAGAAAGAGAAGUUUAUCAGCAGCAGAGUGACCAGAGGCACAGAGAAACCACCACCCAGCUGGAAGGAGCACUAGAGGACGCCACGCUCCAGAUCAGUGAACUACACAAGCAUGCUGGCCUUGCUGAGAGCAAAGCCCAGGGCCUGGAACAACAGCUGGGCCUGAGUGAUGCCAAACGCCGGGACCUGGAGCUAAAGCUGGCAGGGUUGUAUUCAGCUCUGCGUCGCACUGUUGGCAUCAGCCGAACAAGGGUUUCACACACACCUGGGUCCCGUAGACGGUCUGCGUCUCCCUGGAGAAACCAAGUGAAAGAUGAAGAGAUGGACGUGGACUCAGUGCACACAGCCCUCCGGGAUCUUCAGCAGGAGCUCAGAGACACACAGAGAGACAGGGAUGAUGCCAAGGCUCAGAUAGUCAGUUUAAGUAAGCAGAUGACAGAACUCCAAGGCAGCCAGGAUGAGUCUGCCAAUCAGGUGCUACAACUGCAAAAAACUUUGAUGCAAUCAGAGGAGGGAAAUCGAAAGAUGGCAGAGCGAUUGCACGAGGCACACACGUCACUUUCCCUGCAGGAGGAAGCAGCACGACAUACAGAGCGGGAGAAGAGAAGCUUUGAGGAAGAGGUGGCUCAACUCAGGAUUACUCUGCAAGCUGCUGAGGCUGAGUCCAGGGCACUACAGGACAAACUGGAGCUCUUGCAAGGUUCAGAAUCUCGUUCGAACGCAGAACAACGUAAGAUGAAGGAGUGUCUGGAGGCCGCCGAGAACAAAGUGAGCCGCCUCGAGCUCGCCCAGCGCACCCUUGAGGGUGAGUUGCAGCGCGCCCAGCUCAGGGCGGCAGAGCUGGAUGCAGAGGCUGGGGCGCUGCAGGACAGACUGACGGAGCUGAGGAGGAAGCUGGGCGAGAGCGAGGAUCGGGGCGCAGCUCUUAGGGUCAACGAGGAGAGGCUUUCCACGGUGCUGACUCGAGCCGAACAGCAAGAGAGCCAGCUGAGGGAGAAGAACCACAAACUGUCAAACACCCUCAGCGACAACAGGACCAGCAUGGGAACACUGCAGGAACAGAUAACACAGCUGCAGAGGGCUUUGACUGCCAGUGAGCAGGACCGAAGGCUGCUGCAGGAACGUCUGGAUAAAACGCGAGAGAGCCUUUCAGAGAGCAAGAGGCUGAACCACACACUAACAGAGCGCACCCAGAACCUUCAAAGAGCCCAAGAGGACUCCGAGCUUAAAUAUUCUGACCUGGACAAACACAACAAAACACUGAAAGAGAGUCUGAAGCAACAACAUGAGGCUGAGCUGCAGGCCCAGGGGAGCUCCCAGCAGCUGCAGAGAGAGAGAGACGAACUCCAACGCAAGGUUGCAGAUCUCCAAGGUUCUUUGCAAAAGCUACAGAGUGAGAGAGCAGAGCUGGAGAGGGUGCUGGCGCGCCUCAAUAAAGACAAGUCUGCACUCAGAAAGACACUGGAGAAGGUGGAGAUGGAGAGGCUGAGGAGGGAGGAGGAGGCGGCGGUGGCGGCGGCCAGAGGAAAGGAGCAGUUGGGGCAGACAGUCCGCAGCCUGGAACAGGAGCUGGCUGGAAAACAGGAGGAGGUGCAGAUUCUACAGGCCCAAAUCUCCCAGUUGGAGCAUUCUCAUGCACAGCGCCUCCUGGAGGUGACAGCCCGCCAUCACCAGGAGCUGGAUUUGGAGACGGAUCGUCUGAGAGACAGUCAGCUCCAAGCAGAGCUGGCCUUGGAGACCAGAGAGAAGGCUCAUCGCCAGAGGGUAAAAUGCCUGGAGGAACAGUUGCUGACUCUCAAAGAGCAGCUCGAUCAGGAGACCAGAAGACGACAGGCCUAUUUCAAUCAGAUGCUACAACCUGGUGUGUAGGCAGAGUCCCUGCAGUGAAGUAUGUAGCACCUCUGGCUUCCACAUUCACCGCUCCUCUGGCUGCCUCCCAAAAACACUAUGUUACGAGCUACAUCCACAUUUGGACGCACACACACACACACACACACACACACACACACACACACACUCGCAUAUACAAACACACUCCCGAGGCGUUUGCUCCCACCCAUGCACAUGUGCACACCGGAUUACAUUAAUCUUCAGGAAAACUCAACAACAACAAACAAUGAGUGUUUUGUUUAUAAGUGGACUGGAUGUGCCAAAUUGUUUUAAGGAUUUCCUCUGGCGCGCUGCGUUUGGCGUUUCUAAGUCUGUUUAUGCUGUGUCAUUUUUUUCAAGGAAACAAUGUGAUGAAAGGUUUCCUCAGUUGGUGCU